UUAAGUUGACUCAACAAAUUGUUUUUUACAGUGUACUACAUGCAUUUGUAGCUAUAUGAAUAGCCUACUAACCUUUGACCCAAACUGUAUUAUUUUGUUUAUUUAUAUUCUUUAGGAAUCAUUUCUUUUCCCAGCAGCAUUUCUGAAUUCCAUAACUGCCAUCUGUUGACCAUCUGAGCCUCACAUGUGAAGCCAAAGUUGCCAGAGCAGCUGCUAAAUGUCUUAAAUAUAUGUCUUUUUCAUGUUUUUUCAUUCUUAGUUUCAUUUGUGUUACUAAUUCUUAUCCGAUUCUCAAAAAGCAUGGGGAUUUGCAGUGGCCUGUUUAUGUCGUCAGGAGAAAACCUUGUAAAGGAACCACCUUUAGAUGGACUUCCACUGCAUGUUAGCUUGUGGAGUAACCAGUUGUCACCUGAGACCAGUCUCUGAGGACCACAUCACCAUGGUACCACCUUCACUUGAUACCAGAGGUGACUUGCUGUCUCACAGUGGAGCCAUUCAGAAGGUGACGUGCAUGAGGACUGGAGCAAAGAGAUGAACUGGCCCUUCAUGUGGAAGUAGAUAAGAAAGGUUUCGCUUUGUGAUUGUGAAAAAUGUCUCUGGGUCACAACAGUCUCUUUUCACUUCUAGACUCAAGCGUGCAUCUUCAAAACUUCAAACAGAGGUGUCCAAACAUGAAUGUACAAAAACGAUGCUGCAGCACAAGAUGUCUGAAAUGGCCUUAUGUUAGUCUUACAAGUUUGUCCCCGUCGUCCUCAUUUAUGAUAUUGACUGUGCUCGCUGUGUUUUUUCUCAAAGCAAAUGUGACAGCAGCAAUGAAAGUGACCUCGAGUGGGCCACAAACUAUUCAGAUGGCUCAAGGGGAACCGGUUACACUAGACUGCACCUACACAUCUAGUCAAGCAGACAUAGGCGAGCUUGACAUUGAGUGGUCAGUUGUCAGCCCAGACACCACAAAAAAAGACCAGAUGAUCAUAUCAUACACAGCAGGAAGGAGAUACACCCAUGGUGACCCUGAUUUAAUGAAAGGUGUGGACUUCACAGCUACAGACCCUUCCCAGGGAGACGCUUCUCUAUCGAUCGCCUCGCUGACUGCCAGUCAUGCUGGAACAUAUCAGUGCAAAGUCAAAAAGGCCCCGGGAGUGGACAGCCGAAAAAUAUCACUGAUUGUGAUGGUGAGGCCGUCGGUGCCGAAGUGUUGGGUUGAUGGUGGUGAAGCCGUGGGUGAGCCAGCUUCUCUUCGGUGCAGAUCGGAUCAAGGCACCGCACCUCUGCUGUAUUCAUGGAGGAGAGAGAGCGGCGGGCCCAUUCCUCCAGAUGCCUUUCAGAACUCCCUCACAGGUGAAUUUCUAAUCAGUAAUCACUCUGUAAGCCACUCCGGUGUCUAUUCCUGUGAAGUGUCCAAUGCUGUUGGGAAAGAGAGCUGUCGGCUUAACCUUCAAGCUGUGAAGCCUCCUAAUAGAGCAGGAGUCAUCACAGGAACCGUUGUUGGAUGUUUACUGCUCAUUAUGAUCAUUCUGAUCAUUAUAUGGCUUCUCAUCUUCAAAUGUAACUGGAAUCGACAUGAAAAAGAGUUUUCCAAUGAUAUUAGAGAGGACGCUCCCGCACCUGAGAGUCGCCCCAACAGCCGAAUCUCCAGCUUCCGUUCAGGUGUGGCCUACAGCCAGGUGGGCCAAACCCAAAAUGAGCAUCCGCCUUCCACUGCCACCAGCUACAGCACUGCAAAGUAUGACAGCAGGUUUGGUUAUGCUGUAUGAAGGACUAUGUAUAAGUCAUACUAUAGAUUGUCUUUGGUUUGCGUUACUAAUAGAAUAACCUUUAAUUGCAUUUAAUGAUGUUGCAAGAUACAAAAACAUUCAAUGUAAUUAAACAGUAGCUGUAAUAUGAGAGAAGGAAUCAUUAUGUCUCAGAUUAAUGAUGCACAAGCAGUUCUAUAUCAUGUAAGAUGAUACGGGUAGAACUCUUACCAAGACCUAAAUUCAAUAUUUGUGUGUGAGGAGCUUCCAUUAUUGAUGUUCAUGGUUAAGAUGAUGUAAAUAAAUAUAUCAAUUGUAUUGUUUUUUUCUAUGAGAUUUGGAUGUUGAUGGUAAUGAUCGAACAUCAUUAAGAAGCCAUUUCAAUGUAAUGACAAAUUUGAUGUGCAGAUUGAGAACCCUCUUUAUUCUCAAGUAUUUUUUAUUUGAUGAAAUGUGUUUGUUUUGCUAUUGUUUUGUCUCUACUUUUGUCUAAAAUAUAUUACGCUUUUUUAUUUUAUUAUUAGAAAUAUCUUUGUUUUUGCCCAUAAAGAAUAAUAGUUGUUUUCUUAACAUUUUUUGGACUGUAGAUGUUAUAGUGAAAAGUUUAAUUUGUAUGUUGAAGUUGCGAGAAAAAAAUAAAAAAAUAAA